GCACCGCGAUAAAAGGGGCGGCCGCACUUCCUGACGCGAGACCCGCGCUCGCCACCGCCGCCCGCCCAGGCGGCGAUGACACGGCGCCCGCGGCGGCCCCGAGGCGCCGGGCGGGCCGUUUGCUGACCGGAUCGCGGCUGCCCGCCAGCGUGUCCGCCGCGCCGCCGCCAGCAUGGGCUGCGCCCCGAGCAUCCACAUUUCCGAGGGCCGGGCGGUGUACCACGGCGGCAAGGAGGCCGAGGACGCGCCGGGCGCCGCCGCGCCGCCGCCGCCCGCCGGGCCGCGCCUCCCACCCGGCCAGAAGACCACCGCCUCGCCCGGGGCCCGCGGCGCCGGCCUCGCGGAGUCCGAGCCUCGCGACGGCAGCGGCAGGAAGGUAGCAGCAGCUGAUGUGCAGUUUGGCCCCAUGAGAUUUCAUCCAGAUCAACUCCAGGUACUUUUAGUGUUUACCAAAGAAGAUAACCAGUGUAAUGGAUUCUGCAGGGCCUGUGAAAAAGCAGGGUUUAAGUGCACAGUUACCAAGGAGGCUCAGGCUGUUCUUGCCUGUUUCCUGGACAAACAUCAUGACAUCAUCAUCAUAGACCACAGAAACCCCCGGCAGCUGGACGCAGAGGCACUGUGCAGGUCUAUUAGAUCAUCAAAACUCUCUGAAAACACAGUUAUUAUUGGUGUAGUACGCAGGACGGAUAGAGAAGAGUCAUCUGUGAUGCCCCUCAUUGCUGCUGGCUUUACAAGGAGGUAUGUGGAAAACCCCAGCCUCAUGGCCUGUUACAAUGAACUGCUCCAGCUGGAGUUCGGAGAGGUGCGGUCCCAGCUAAAACUCAGGGCUUGUAACUCAAUAUUCACUGCAUUAGAGAGAAGUCAAGAAGCAAUUGAAAUUACAAGUGAAGACCACAUUAUACAGUAUGCAAAUCCUGCAUUUGAAACAACCAUGGGCUAUCAGUCAGGUGAAUUAAUAGGAAAGGAGUUAGCAGAAGUGCCUAUAAAUGAAAAAAAAGCUGAUUUGCUCGAUACUAUAAAUUCAUGCAUCAGGAUAGGCAAGGAGUGGCAAGGAAUCUACCACACCAAAAAGAAAAAUGGAGAUAAUGUGCAACAAAAUGUGAAGAUAAUACCUGUCAUUGGACAGGGAGGAAAAAUUAGACACUAUGUGUCCAUUAUCAGAGUGUGCAAUGGCAGCAAUAAGGCUGAGAAAAUAACUGAAUGUGUUCAGUCUGACACUCAUACAGAUAAUCAGUCAGGCAAACAUAAAGACAGAAGGAAAAGCUCGCUAGAUGUCAGAACUCUUGCUUCUCGAACAAGCGAAGUUGGCAGCCAGAGACGACACUCCUCCAUGGCCCGGAUACAUUCCAUGACGAUCGAGGCGCCCAUCACCAAGGUUAUCAACAUUAUCAAUGCUGCCCAGGAAAGCAGCCCCAUGCCUGUGACAGAAGCCUUAGACCGUGUGCUAGAAAUUCUAAGAACCACUGAAUUAUAUUCACCACAGUUUGGUGCUAAGGAUGAUGAUCCUCAUGCCAAUGACCUCGUUGGGGGCUUAAUGUCUGAUGGUUUGCGAAGACUAUCCGGGAAUGAGUAUGUUCUUUCAACAAAAAAUCUUCAGCAGGUGCCCAGCAGUAUAAACACCCCCAUCUCCCUUCACGACGUCCCCCCACGGAUAGCUCGGGCCAUGGAGAACGAGGAGUACUGGGACUUUAAUAUAUUUGAACUGGAGGCUGCCACACAUAAAAGGCCUUUGAUUUAUCUUGGUCUCAAAAUGUUUGCUCGCUUCGGAAUCUGUGAAUUCUUGAACUGCUCCGAGCCAACGCUGAGAUCGUGGUUACAGAUCAUUGAAGCCAAUUACCACUCUUCUAACCCCUACCACAACUCGACACACUCUGCCGACGUGCUUCACGCCACUGCCUACUUUCUUUGCAAAGAGAGGAUAAAGGUCUGUCCUGCUCCGCUGACUCAGUGCAGGGGCCACUGGCCCUACUGGUGGCCAGUCCCACCUGGCUCAGAGUCCCCCUGGGCGCUGACUGGCAGCUUGAGGUCCAGCUUUGAGGCAGCAGGAAAGAGGAGAAGAGGUUAUGGUACGGGGAGCUUCACAGAAGAGAGGUUCCAGUCGAGGAAGCAAACCUUAGAUCCGGUUGAUGAGGUCGCUGCGCUUAUUGCAGCCACCGUCCACGACGUGGACCACCCUGGGCGAACCAACUCGUUCCUGUGCAAUGCUGGAAGUGAGCUGGCCAUCUUGUAUAAUGACACUGCUGUGCUGGAGAGCCACCACGCGGCCUUGGCCUUCCAGCUGACCACCCGAGAUGACAAAUGCAAUAUCUUCAAGAACAUGGAGAGGAAUGACUAUCGGACACUGCGCCAGGCUAUCAUCGACAUGGUCUUAGCCACAGAAAUGACAAAGCACUUUGAGCAUGUCAACAAAUUUGUCAACAGCAUCAACAAGCCCCUGGCAGCACUCGAAGUAAAUGGGGAAGUGAAUAGAGAUGAAGAAGCCAUAAACACUAUGCUCAGGACUCCAGAGAACCGGACUCUGAUUAAACGAAUGCUGAUUAAAUGCGCAGAUGUGUCCAAUCCCUGCCGACCCCUGGAGCAGUGCAUUGAGUGGGCUGCACGCAUCUCAGAAGAAUAUUUUUCUCAGACUGAUGAGGAGAAGCGGAAGGACUUACCUGUGGUGAUGCCAGUUUUUGACAGAAACACCUGCAGCAUCCCCAAAUCCCAGAUCUCCUUCAUUGACUACUUUAUCACAGACAUGUUCGAUGCUUGGGAUGCCUUUGUAGACCUGCCCGAGUUAAUGCAGCAUCUUGACAACAAUUUUAAAUACUGGAAAGGACUGGAUGAAAUGAAGCUGCGGAGCCUCCGACCGCCCCCGGAAUAGUGCGUCACACCGCCUGGGCCCUGAAGCUUUGUCCCUCCACUCAUUUGCAAUUCCUGAGGGCAGCCAGAGUUCCUGAGUCCUUUCAGUAUUAGGCAGAACAGUGCCCACGUCUGCAGAGCCUGUGAAAGCACAUGGGGCCAUCGCUGACCUUCUGCAGCCACCAUCCGAUGCCAUUGCCGCAAAGUGCGACCUAGUCCACCAUAUUGGGCCUGCGGCAGGGGCUCUUAGGAAAGUCACAGGAGAACCAGCACUAACUUUCCUUAUGAGCUCAGAGGGACCCUCCAAAGGACACUGAUGGAUUUCCUGCCAGUGACGGAGAAUAGUCUUGUUGCAAACAAUUUCUCUCAACUGUGUCCAGCACUUACAAACAGCUCAUGGCAAUCGGAGCUUUAGGAACUUUUUCACAUCAUAGAAGGUGCAAUCACUCACUUUGGAACACUACUGAAAGUGACUUCUCUUUUGAAACUGAGUAGCAAAUGAAAAAUACGAAAAUUUUGAAGUUGAUUAUUAAAUACAAAGAAAUUUUGAAGUUGAUUAAUAUCAAUUAUUAAAAUGUUUUAUUUAUUUUAUUAGAAGUUCAAUAUUUUCUAUGAAUUUUGAAAUACUUCAAAGCCAAAGCCAACUUUAAAUGCCAUGACCAAAUUUACAUGAUUCAUAUUCAUUAAAUAUGUAUUACUCGGUGUACAGACUUAUUUUCAUAAUGCAAAUUAAAACUAUAAAAUGACACAUUUUUACUGCACUACAGAAAUAUUUGUGUAUGUUAGACUCUUUUCUGAUUGAUGCUAGUUGGGAAAAGCGGUCCUGUGGGAGGCUCUGAGUCUAAAGCCCUCAAGGAGAGCAACUCCUCCGUACAGGAAGCAGAGUUCUGAAACUCUGGUCAUCUGAUGGGCUUUGCCAGUGACUCCCCAAAGUCAACGAAACUCAGACCUAACACCUUUUUCCUAAAAUAAUUGAAUUCCCAAAAAUCUGCCUUAUUUUAUAGUGUUUCUACAAGAUACUCCCUAUGAAAGAAAAAUGGACUGUUUAGUGAGCUGACAUUUUAUAACCAAUUUGUUUUCAUCUGAGGUGGGAAUCUUUGAUUCCAGAAAUUUAUAAGGUUCUGUAUCUUCACAUUUUGAAUAAGUGUAGUACCGUAAAAAAUGACACAUGAUGACAUGUCAAAGUGCUUGUCAUUUCAUUUUAAAGUUGUAUUUUUUCCCCAGAUAAAAAUGAAAUUAAACUAUGUUUUUAAGAAA